UUUCCCUUUGCCAACCCCAGGGAGGCUGUGAAAAAGAGGAAGAUGCCCCAGGACACUGAGGCGAUGGAGAGCAGGGAGGACAAAUCCCCGCGGCAGAACCUGGUGGCAGAGGCCGUUUUGAGCGGCUCCACGGCGCAGGAACCCAACGGGGAGGAAAAGCCCCGGAGGUGCCGCACGAGGAGGGGCUGCAAACGCAGAUGGCGGGGAUGUGAGGGGGAAAGAGCCAGCCUGGGCCGGGAAGGCAGCCGGAGAUGGAGCCAGAGCUCGGAGCUGGUGGUCCAUGAGGAGGUUCCUGAUGGGGAGAAGCCCCACAUGUGCGAGGAGUGUGGGAAGAGGUUCAGGUGGAGCUCCAAGCUGAUCAUCCACCAGAGGAGCCACACUGGGGAACGGCCCUACGAGUGUGGGGUAUGCGGGAAGAGCUUCAGCAGGAGCUCCAACCUGAUCAGGCACCACAGGACUCACCCUGGGGAACGGCCCUACGAGUGUGGGGUAUGCGGGAAGAGCUUCAGCAGGAGCUCCAACCUGAUCAGGCACCACAGGACUCACCCUGGGGAACGGCCCUACGAGUGUGGGGUAUGCGGGAAGAGCUUCAGCAGGAGCUCCAACCUGAUCCAGCACCACAGGACUCACACUGGGGAACGGCCCUACGAGUGUGAUCAGUGCAGGAAGAGGUUUCAGACCAGCUCUGAUCUCCUCAAGCACCUGCGCACGCACACAGAGGAGAGGCCCUUCCGCUGCCCCGACUGCGGGCAGGGCUUCAGGCGGAACUCCCAUCUUGUCAGGCACCAACGCAUCCACACUGGGGAGAGGCCCCACGAGUGUGAGGAAUGUGGGAAGAGCUUCAGGCACAGCUCCACCCUGAUCCAGCACCAGAGGAUCCACACUGGGGAACGGCCCUACGAGUGUGGGGAGUGUGAACGGGGUUUCAGGAACCUUAAAGAAAGCAGUGGAAAUUCUUAG